AUGUGCAGAAUUGAAAUCAGAGAGCAGGAAUUCAACGCUGACUUCAUCAGAGCUUUCUUCCCUAAACUUGAUUAUGGUGUAUUGAAAUCGACGUUGGAAUCUCUCGGUGACGAUUCACUCAAACUUGAUAGCGUGGAGGAUAUUGACGGACAACCAGAAGAUUUCUUGAGACUGCUGCAUAAGGUUCUUCUGGAGAUGGAUGUUACCCAGGGAGAGAUGACGUGCGGUAACUGCCAGCAUAAAUACCAAAUCAAUGAAGGUAUUCCAAAUAUGCUACUUGGAGCAGAUGAGAUAUAG